CCGUGAUGUCUUUUAAAUGUCAACAUGAUUUUGAUGAUUUAAUACUUUUGGAAGCGACUCCAGAACAAGCCAUCAUAACCAACGAAAAUUCUUACUUAGAAUGGGGUCAUCCUCAAUUGACCUUGGAACAAUAUCUUGAACGCGAGAAGCUUCUUGCAAAUCUGGAAUUCACGGGUGCCAAUUUCAAAGUUUGGGUUCUUGUGUCAAGAAAGGAACAACAAGAGCUUCAGGGAAAGGGGGACACUCCUGUAAACAAUAAACUGACCAUCCUUUCGGCGUGUGAAUCUUUUAAAAGAAAAGCGCUGAUU